AUGGGAGUCUAUCGAUCCGGAAGAUGCAAGUGUGGAAAUGUCUCUAUUGCCAUUGACAUGAAACCAUUCCUCGCCUACAAUUGCCACUGUUCUCAUUGUCGUGGAUUUGCCAGCAAGUAUCAAUCCAAACCUGCCCGAUAUAGUGGUGGAGGCGCUGUUUGGAAAUGGAAUGUAACAAUCCAAGGCUCUGAGAAUAUAGACUAUGAGCGGUCGACUUCCUUGGGAGGAUUGUUUGCCAUGUCUCGAGGUCGGUGUUCCCAAUGUCAUCAGACGAUUUGGGAAUCAGGAGAACGUGUCAUCUUCCCAUUUGCCAUGGUAAUGGCGGAACCAUUGCUGGGACUCAAGCCGGAUACUGAGAUAUUUUACAAUUCUGGCUACAAAGAUUGGAAAGCAAGUCCGAAUAAUAUGGUCGUCCACUCGGACAUUGGAUCGCUGAUGUACGAAAUCUAUUUGAUUGUCUUUGUCGCAAUUCCAAUGAUUCCAUGGUCACUCUUCAAGCGUAUGAUGCGCGGGGAUCCCUUUGCAAACGAUGUGAAGCAAGAAUAA